AUGAUAAAUUACGAAGAGAACGCAGACGCCAAUGGGAGUAAGAAAGAAAUCCCUGCCAAUGUCGCAACAGAAAAUGGGGUACACGAAAAAGGAAUAGAUGAGAACGAACCCGAAUCGUACGUAGCAAAUGGAGACAACACCAAAAAUAAAGGCGUCUGGUAUAAUGCCAGAACGAAGUGCUGGCUAGCUUGCGUUAAAGGAAGUGGCAGACACCUUCGUGUUUUUUCUGUGAAGAAACAUGGAUUUAAGACAGCCAGAAUGCUUGCCCUUGAGUGUAAAAAUUCAACCGUCAUUAAUUUGAACCCCCUAGCGAAGGGGGCCGCAAAGGGGGAAACCAACGGGAAAGUCAACGCGCAAGCCAACGGAGAAGCUAACGGAGGGACUAGCCAAGCUGGCCACGCCCCGAGUGGGAACGUAAACGGUGUGGAAUCCACUCUGCCCCAAAGCAAUGGUGUAUACGCGAAACUUAAAAAUGAGCCGAGGAACUACGGCAGAGGAAGAACCAGAACAUACAGCUACAAUGAAGCAGGUGGAACACAUCACGCAAAACUUGAGGCACAGGAGUCCAUGGAUAUAGGAAGUUUAGCUACCAUAAAUAGCGAAAAUGCCAGUGCAGUUACAAAUGCUAGUAUUAGCGCAAGUGCAAGUGCAAACGGAGCGGAAGAAGGACCCGAACGAAGAAGACGUUACAACACAAGAAGGGGGAGUAAUAAAUCCCUGGAAGAGUUAAAUAAAAAAGAGGGAAAAAAUGAGAAAAACGAGGAUGAUACUUCUUUUUACAAAGCGAGCAACAAUUCCAGUGUUAGUCCAGCCACCUCCAGAGGAUACAAUAUGAGAGGGAAUUAUAAUAACAAGGGAAAUUUGAACCUAAAAGGGAGCAGCGUCACGAAGGGAAGCAAUUCCAAUAAUAUGAAGCGCAAUAGCAGCACCUCGAAAGGGUAUGGCGGAAGCCCCAAGGGAGGAAGUAACAACCUCAGAGGAGCAACCCCAUCGAAGGUCUCCCAGGGUAGAAAUAGUACCACCAGGGGGGCAGGAACCAACGGCAUUUCCAAAGGGCAACAGCCCAACGGAAACAGCUUUCAUAACACGGAAGGUUCAAGUUAUACUGUGACCAGACGGAGCAGCCGUAACUACAAUGCCACAACGGAUAAGUGCAACAGCAGCAGCUUAACGGUUGAUGAGGUGAACAGUUACAAAGAAAAGGGGAACCACUCAGUGCAGACACAAAAUGGGAAGCGACAAAGUGAGACCCUUGUGGAGACCCUAGACGGUUACGAAGGGGAUAAUAGAAAGAGGAAAAAAACCACAAAGGAUAAAUUCAGUUAUCUGGUUAGGAAAGACAAUGGUGGGGAUAGCAACGGUGGUGACCCCGCUGUUAUGUCCACUUCGGCUUACCACGAGGGUAGUAACCACAAUGACCACAAUAAUACAACCAGUCAUGCCACGCAAAACACGCACAAUACGCGCAACACACGUAGCACACGGAACAGCGGUGUUCAGGCUGCACAGUUGGCUCAGAAGGGGCAAAACGGGCAGGGUAAGAAAAACAGCCACGACGAUUUCCAAAAUGUCGGUAGCUUGAAUACCCGCUCAAGCGCUACGCAGAACUACCAACAUGGCACUCACAAUGAGGGUUACAACAACGUUUACGAUGGUAGCUAUGAUAGUGCCUACCAUAGGGGCCAGCUGAACCAGCAAAACGCUUCAAACGGAAGCACCUACCAUAAGACCCGCUCGAGCCACAACACACGAUCCAGCAACAACACAGGAAACAGCAACAGCACCCGAUCCAGUAACAACGCCUGUAUCAUAACGGAUCAGGAUUUUCAAGUUGAUUCUCCGGAAGAGACCAACGAGAAUUUCUACUUCAUAAAGCCAAUGAAUUAUGAAUACAGUGAUAACAUCGUCUACAAAGAGCGAAGGAACAAAGGAACAAACAAGGAAAAAGAAUAUAACAUUAUUUUUUCAAACGACUGUUACUCGGAUUAUUGUAGCUAUAGCCAGAACAAAGAUGAAUGUAAGGCAAACUUUAUUGACCUCACAAGGGAAGCCUUGUCCUUAAUUUUGCAGGAUUUAAAAAAAAACGUUAUCCCCAAAAUACCCGUAGGGAUAGAGAAAAGGGAAAGGUAUAUCAAUUCCUUGCGGUUGUGUUUGAAAAGUGCCAAAUUUACCAAGCACAUUAACGAAUUGGAACCCUACCUGGAGUUAUUUAGCGAGUGUAUAAAGAAUAGUAAGCUUCCUAGUCACAUGGAUUUGAAGGACCAGCUGUUUUAUCUGGACAAACUGUGA